GUGACUUUGUUGGCUGCAUUCCCAACGGCACAUAAGCACAGCGAUUGUUUCCAUCCUAUAGGAAGAGUAGCGGAAAUAGGUUGUUGAUUGCAAAUACAGGAGCAUUUUGAUUCCGAAGAUCGCAGUAUAGAAUUUGGAGACGUUGAUACACAGGAAUGCGCUAGGAGCUGGGAGCUGUUUCAUGAGGCUGCAGAGGGUGGAAGCAGUCCGCGGCAGAAGGCUCGGAUGGAUCUUGUGCUCGAAGUACGACAGAAACUAAAAGAAUAUAGAGAGGCAUUGAUGUUUGAAAGAACACUUGCAUCUCUCGGGCCACCACCAGUGCGCACAUUCGAUGCUAUCAACCAUGCUGCGAUCAGAUACGAUAAGGCUCUAGAACAGCGAGAGCCCAUUAUGAUCGGCUCCAGCGCAAAGCUCUACACCACGAACGAGGAUCUCGUGGUCCUAAAGCAGUCAGAAUUUGAGGAUAGGCUGACGAGUUUUGUCCAGCGAUAUCUCCCAGUGUUCUUCAUGGCGGAGAGACGUGACGACAAUAUGGCAUAUAUCCCAGAGAAGCGAAUAGCUCGAUUCGUGACCGUUCUCGGCAUCUUGAUCACAGUAAUUCUACUGUUCGUCGCUAUCCUGGCUCUUUAUUUUAUCUUGAAUCCAACUGUCAAGCUCAUCAUGGUUGGAGUUUUUAUGCUGCUCUUCGCUGGUAGCGUGGGCCUAUUCACAACUGCGAAACGAUCUGAGGUGUUUGCAGCUACUGCCGCCUACACAGCAGUCCUUGUUGUUUUCGUAAGUGGUAAUCUGGGAUCUGACCCAUGGCUGUCUGGUUUGUGGAGUGGUGGCAAUUGCACGUGUACAGGUUCGAGCUAAGUGCUUUUUUGAAGUAGUAGUAGCGGUUUUACAUAUCCAAAAAACAUAGGGUGAAGGGUAGAACAAUGCCUAAAACUCACCACAACACCAAAAUAAACACCAGCGACGUAAUAUCGUACUUU